AUGACUUAUUUCAACAUCAACACCGUGCUUUCUGGACAGAAUCCCGAUAACACGGGUCGGACAACGACCAUUGGUCUUGCACAGCAAUGCGCCACCAUGACUCGGACCGUCUACGGAACCACAACGAGCGGGCAGUCCCAGUUCAUGAUUGUUCAACACAUCGGAUACUUCCAUCCGGCCACUUCUGGCACGUAUACUUUCAGCUUCAGUAAUGUCGAUGAUGGUGUCCAUCUUUGCCUAGGCAAUAACGCCAAGACUGGUUUCACCAAUGCCAAUGUCAACAAAAAUGUCGACUACUACGUUACCAAUAGCGCCGGCACCUACACGUUCACUGCGACUGCCGGCCAAUACUAUCCAAUUCGGCUAUUAUUUGUCAAUGCACAGCAGUGCGGCAGCUUCACUUUCUCACUCACUGACCCGGCCGGAGCUUCGUUUGCGAGGCGCACUUCGACCAGGUCUCACGCCCCCGGAAAUCCGGGAGAGAUCUCGGUGUCGCCCGUGCCGAUCAUGAAGGAUGGCCACGCAACGCAGCGCGCCGCGUCUUAUCACCCCGCGUUUGUGGGGUUAAGCUCUCUUCACUCCGCGAACGAUUUCGCAAGAAUCAAAAACCAUGUUCAUGCCCAGGAUCAACCCUGGUACCGAGCCUGGCAGCAUCUAGAAGCCGGAAAAUUGGCUCAGACCUCGUGGAAGCCAACGCCGCAGUCGGUUCUUGUCCGUGGCACAAACGCCACCUUUGCGCCCACCAACAACUACGGCUAUGCCUAUCGCGAUGCUCACUCAGCGUACCAGUUGACCAUUCGAUGGCUGGUUGGAGGUAACACUUCCUACGCAGACCACGCAGCCAAGAUCCUCGACGGCUGGAGCUCUACCCUUGUCGAUAUCAACGGCACUGAAGACAAAUAUCUCGCGGCAGGGCUCUACGGAUACCAGUUUGCCAACGCCGCCGAGCUCCUUCGUGGAUACUCCGGCUGGCCCAAGCAGAACCAGACGGCCUUUGGCAAAAUGUUGAACGGCGUCUUUGCGGUGUACAACCACGACUUCCUCGAGCACCACUACAACAAACCGGAUUUCUACUACGCCAACUGGGACUUGUGCAACAUUGCCUCGUUUAUGGCGAUUGGUAUUUUCAACGACAACAGAACCAUGUACAAUUACGCGGUCAACUACUUCAAGAACGGGAUUCCGGGCCAGCCCGAGGUUGUGGCUAAUGGUGCCCUGCCCUAUUUCUCAAUCGCCAACUUCACGGAGCAGGGUAGCGGAAAGACUCUGAUGCAGAUCCAGGAGUCUGGCCGUGACCAGGGGCAUGCUUUACUCUGCAUCGCUCUCGUCGGAGUUUGUUUCCCCCCGUAA